AUGUCACCCGGCGAUUGGAAGACUGAAAUUGAGGGAAAAAAUAACUUUCUCUUCAUUCUUCACUCUCCCUUCUCUUCUCUCUUUGUUCAUGGCGAUUCGAAAAAUCAAGAGGAGAACUUGCAGAAGAAGUGGCGUGAAGUUCUAACUACUUCCAUGGCGUCGGGUAUGCAUCAGGGGCAGGAUUUCUCCUCGUCUUCUCAAAGAAUGACUUCGCUAUCCAUAUCAAAUAGUGUCGUGCUUAUGGAAUCUGUCAUACGGAAGUGGAGAUUCGGCAGGAAAUAUGUGUAUGGAGAAGUAAACAGAGCGCAAUGUUUGCCACAAAAGCCAACUCUAGUGGGUGCUAAAACGAUUGGUUCUGAGGUGUUUCUUUUUGAUUACGCCAGACACUCGGCCAAGCCCCAAUCAAGUGAGUGUGAUCUUGAUCUAGGGCUAAUGGGACAUGAACAAGAAGGUUAUGGAUUGGCUUGGAGCUCCUUCAAGGAGGAGUCGAUGAAAAAGAACACUGAGUUUCUUGUGAAGCAAAUGAAUUGGCCAUUAAAGGCUGUGGUUUCAACACCUGCAGUGCUUGGAUACAGCUUGGAGAAGAGGACUGACGUAAUUCAAGCUCUCAUUGUAAAAGGAUUGCUCGGAAGCGAACUUCCUCCGAUGUCUCCUGUAUUGGCGUAA